AUGGGUCUCACUCCCACGCAUCCAUUUCCCUUUCUCCUCUUCCUCUUCCUCUUCCUCUCCAAAGCCACCUCGCGAGCCCCGAACCGCAUGCUAGCGUUGGUUCAGAACCAACCACUUGUCCUAAAGUACCACAAGGGUGCCCUCCUGAAGGGCAACAUCAGCCUCCACCUCCUAUGGUACGGUACAUUCACCCCCACGCAACGCUCCAUAAUAUUGGACUUCCUCCAAUCCCUGACCUCCACGUCAGCCCCCCACACCCCUUCCGUGUCCACCUGGUGGCGAACCACCGAAAGCUACAGGGGAGGGCCCUGCACCCUCGGCAUAGGGAACCAAAUCCUCGACCAAAACUACUCCCUAGGAAAAUCACUAAACACGCACCACCUCCUGGCGCUCGCUUCGAACCCAAAGCUAACAUCCCCACGUGCUGUCCACGUCAUCCUCACCUCCGCUGACGUGGCAGUCCAGGACUUCUGCGUCAGCCAGUGCGGGACCCACGCCUCGGCCAAGACCAAAAGCGGUCAGAGAAUCGCCUACGCGUGGGUCGGCAACUCCGUCACGCAGUGUCCGGGGCAGUGCGCCUGGCCGUUUCAUCAACCCCUUUACGGCCCGCAAACGCCGCCGUUACUGCCGCCUAACGCCGACGUUGGCGUCGACGGGAUGGUUGUAAAUUUGGCCACCGUGUUAGCCGGGGUUGUUACCAAUCCCUUUGAGGACGGUUACUUCCAGGGCCCGGCCACCGCGCCGCUGGAGGCGGUGUCAGCGUGCACCGGGAUCUUCGGGAAGGGGGCGUAUCCGGGUUACGCCGGAGACGUUCUGGUGGAGAACACCACGGGGGCUAGCUACAACGCCGUCGGGCUGCGCGGCCGGAGAUUCUUGCUGCCCGCGAUGUGGGACCCCAUUAGCUCCACCUGCAAGACACUAGUGUGACUCAGAUGUGUGUGAAAAUUUGAAAAUGGCUGGGCUUGUGUUUGUGAGAGAUUUUUUUUUUUGUUUUUGGAAAUGUAGUUUAUGUGUGGAAAUAGGUAAUGAUAGUAAGUUUUGAUAUUUUAAAAAAAUUUAUGAAUAAUUGUUUUUAUAUUUUGUUUAUGUUA